AUGCUAACUUAUUUGAAGGACUUCUUUUACAUAUGUCCUGGACACUUGGUCGACCGUGGAUUCUGUCAACCGGAAGCGGAUGAAGCCAAACGGGUCGCAGAUCAGAAGAAGCAAGAAGAGCUGGAUCGCGAGAUCGAAGCUGUGAAGAAAGAGUACGAGGAGAAGCAGAAGCUUAAGCGGGAAAAGCGGAAAGGGAAAGAUAAGGAGAAAGACAAGGAGAAAGAAAAGGAAACCAAAGGCAAAGAAGCAGAGGAGGACAAGCAGGAUGAGAAAGCCAAAGACGACAAAGCAUGUGAUGUGCACCUUCACUUCGUCACUAUCAAGGAGCUCUCCAAAACCAAGGAUCAAGCCCAGGCGGAACUUGGCCCGCGUAUAUACCAACUCAACAAGAACUUCUAUCAAAUGCGUCUAGACAAGCUGCGGAAUGCUGAGAUUGCCAAACGGAAUCGCGAACGACUGAACAACCCUGCAAACUUUCCGUCCGUGCCUAGCGGAAAUCCUUAG